GCCCAACGCCCCUUCCUGGGCGGGAACGGACCGAGGCAUUCUUAGCGGGGCGGCGGCGGCGGCCGGGGCCAGCGCCAUGAACCGGCUGGGGCUCUGGGGACUGCUCUGCGCGGCGCUGCUGGGCUGCUGGGAGCCUGCUGAUGCCUUGACAUGCUUUGAUAAGCAGUAUAUAUACAAGGGCAGAUGCUGCAACCGGUGUCGGCCAGGGGAAAAACUGAUGUCUGAGUGCCAGGAAACAGAAGACUCUGUUUGUGUCCCCUGUGAGAGCGGGCACUAUCAGCCAAGCUGGACCAAGGAGAAGCACUGCGCUCCUCACGACAUCUGUGAAAGCAAUGCUGGCCUCAUUGAGAAGAUAAAAGGAAAUGUAACACACAACACGGUGUGCCAGUGCCGGGCUGGCACGCACUGCUCUGACAUCAGCUGCCAGACCUGCGUGGAGAACCAGCCUUGCCAGCUUGGCUCUGGCUUUGUGGCAGCCAAGGCCAUGGAGCGGAUGUCAUCCCCCUGUGAACCCUGUGCAGAAGGCACCUUCUCCAACGUCUCCUCUAAAACCGAGCCGUGCCACCCCUGGACAAGUUGUGAGGAGAAGGGGCUGCUGGUGAAGGUGAAAGGGACGAACUCCUCGGAUGUGAUCUGCGAGUCCAGCAGGCGCUCCUCCCUGUCAGUGCUGAUCCCCAUCACAGCUGCAGUUGUCACGUGCCUCGUGGGUGUCUGCAUCUACUGCCUGGUGCACACAGAUUCCAGGCGACGAGGGCCAAAGGAGAUAGAGGCUGGGGAGCCCGGAGAGAGCCCACAUCCCCAGCAGCCCACGGAGCAGGAUGAGAAUGUCUUGCCUGUGCAGGAGACCCUACUCAGGGGCCAGCCUGUGGCCCAGGAGGAUGGCAAGGAGAGCCGCAUCUCGGAGCAGGAGAUGCUGUGAAGGCGCAGGGCACUGCCCCCGACAGGAGCACAGACUGGACAGCACCAUCUCCUCUGUCCCCCCUCCAGCUGGGGAGGAAAUCUGGCAUCUGGCCUGGCUGCAAAUGAUGGGAUGCUGCAAUGGACCAUGGCACGACCACCCCACGGGAAUACCACUACAACUCCUGCUCUGGUCACCUGCACAGGGCUGCCCUGGUGGAGCAAGGCUUGGCUGCCCCUAUGGGGGCAUGGAACAGAGCCCCAUCCUGCUUCCUGCCCAGGUGAUGCAAUAACCUGGGUGGCUGCUCACCUGCUGAGCCCUUGCAGAGUCCAGUGCAGCCCCUGGCCACAGCACAGUGACCAUGCUGACAGGAAGACCCCAGCACAGAGCCCCGUCUCCCUGAGUGCUGGAGAAGCCAGGGCUGGGAAAGGGGGCUGUGAGAUCACCACGGCAGAGCUCAGUCCCCUGUCUGGGGUGCUAUGGAAGCGCUGCCCGUGCUGGAGCAAUGCGCGGUGGGUGCUGCCAUACGGACAGGGCACCGCGGCCCCUGCGUGCCCAGCGCUGCCGGGCUCCGUGGCACCAAGAAGGACCGGAUCGGCGGGCCCACGGCUCUGCCCCGGGCCGGGGAUCGCGGCGGCGGCGGGGCCGGAGCGCAGACAGCGGCGUGCGGCGGCCGGGAGAUGGUGCUGCGGGACCGGCGCGGGCUGCGCUGGGCGGCACCGGCACCGCCCGUCCCGCGUACACCCCGGGCGGGCACGGGGGUCUCUGGCCUCGGGGGUCUCUGGCAUCGGGGGUCUCUGGCCUCGGGGCCCCUGCCGCGGUUCACCCGCACACCCGCCCGUCCGUGCGGGACCGGGUCCGUCACUUCCACCCAGUGCUGGCGACACCCUGUGAUUAAAGGUGAUUUUCUGCCCCUGUGCGUGAGCAGCCCAGAGCCCCUGUUGCCCACCGCGCCCCCGGGACCGGCGCUCCCGGCUCUGAUGCUCCGGGAAGGAUGCUUUGGAAUGGGCGGGUGCUCCCAAGGCAGAGAAGGGAGGGAAGGGCUGCCAUCAGCUGUGCUGAGCCCCACCGUGCCCCCAGGCCCGCCCCAGCACACCUGGCUGGCCCCACUCCCCUGUGCCUGCCCUCCCUGACCCCACAGCAGGAGCUGUCCCAGCACAGCCAUGCCCAGCCCGUGCCCCACGGCAAGGGAGAACAGGGGAUGUCGGCAGGGCUGUGCCCUUCUCCUCACUGCUCUGGCGGUAAAAUGCACAAAUGGGGUCCAUAGCACUGCUGGGCAGCACUGUGGGGUGCUGUGGUGUAGCAGUGGAGUCACCCCGGGCUCCAAAGCCCACUGGUGUGGGGUUGCAGCAGCACUGAGCCCACUGCAGGCUUUGGGUGCUGGGAGCAGCCUCAGCCUGUGACCCACCACGAUCUGAACACAGGCAGCACAGCACGAGAAAGGCCAUAAAUCCCUGAGCAGGAGCAGCUGGAGCAUGGAGCAACUUUGCCAGUACAGGCAGUGGCACAUUAUUUAAGGCUCCUCUUAAAACCUAAUGUUAGGUUUAAUAAGGGAGAUAAAAACAUGGCAGCAGCUUUCCCUCCUCUCAGGGCUUGGCAAUCCCAGCAGUGCUAGUGGGAUGGUCUCAGGCUGGGCAGCAUUCCCUUGGCACCAGCCCAGAGAACACCCAGUUCUGGGGACAGAUGUGAUCCCGCUCCUGCUGGAGGAGAAGGUGCUUUGUGGGCCACAGAUGCAAAGUCUUUGGCCCCAAACGUGAAGCCUGUGGCCCCAGAUGGUUUCCAAAGGACUGUCUGCCCAGGUGGCAGGCUGAACAGUCUGGGGCCACCUCCCCAGCUCCCCCAAGGCUGCCCCUUCCCUGCUGGCAUGCAGCAUGCUCAGUGCCCACUGCUGCGUGUCACACAUGUACCAUCUCAUUAGCACGUCUGUCCCCCAAAGUGAGCAGGGAGAGCGCGUGAGGCCUAAUUGAAUGUAACUAAUUAUUCACUCUGCAAAUGCUCUGUUUAAAUGGGAUUGUGAGGGACAGAAUUACUCAUUCUGAAAAGGAGAGAGAAAAAGAGAAAGACAGAGAUAAAACAAAUAGAGGCGGAUGCUGGAGCUGCAGCUCGCUCUCUCUCCCCAGAAUACCAAUUACCGGAUGAAGUGAUUGUAUAAAUCUUUACCGAGUGAACGGACUGUACUAGUCACUUACUCCUGUCCUCUUAUUAUGAGGAAGCAAUGAAAAAUCAUCCCACUCUCCAGUCCAGUUAAGGGUUCCCAGCCCCUGUCUUGGGCAAUAUCUCAGCAGCUGGAGAGCUCGUCCUGGAGCUCUCUCGGGGUGGGGGUCCCACUGAGACAGGGCUGAGCAAGGAGGAGCUCACAGCCCUCCUGCACCCCAGCCCUGGGGAGGAGCAGUGGCUGUGCAUGCUCUGGGGAGGUGCAGGGCUUCUGCCCCAGCAGGAGCCAAACCAUGCCAUGCAGCACCCUUGGAGACAUGGGCUGGCCAAGGGCCCCAGUGUCACACAUGUCACACGUCACACAGGGACCCCUGGCUCAGUGGUACUCCAGGUCUUGACCCCUCAACUUCCUUGUUCUUCCCAUCUGUGGGUCCAGCCCUGCCAGGCUCCUGGUCUCCUGCAGUGCUCACUGAAAAGGGAGAGCACAGUGCUGCCCAACCUCUUCCCACGCUGCAGUCAAUGUUUCUCACUCAGGGUGUCUCUGCUCCACUGGUUGCAGAAUGCACUCAUUGGCAGUGACCUCCAUCACUCUUGCCUGCCACAUCUUUUAAUCCCAGACCCCUCCAAACACCCACAUUUCUGUUCUCAGUAGUGGUGUGGGAUGGCAGAGGAGGAGCUGGCCGUGCAGAGCUGGGCAAGCUGACAGAGCCCCCCUGCACCCUGCCAUCAGUGGGGAGCACUCUCAUUCUGGGGUCCUGCUGCAUGAGCUGGUGAGGACCCAGCCAGCCCCAUCCUCCCUGCAGGCAGCCCCAGAUCCCCCUCACCACAAGGCACCCACGAGGGGCUGGUUAACAGGGACAAGGACCACCUGGUCUCCAGAUCCUGCAGCCAGAAACAGAGGGACCCCUCAGAGAGUGCUAUUCCAGAGGAGCCACAGGGAUUGUGUGGUGGGUUCAGCUGGUGGGGAAGACAGGCUGGGCACUGUCAGUGAUGAGAGGAUAAAGCCUCCAGUCUGUCCUGCCUUGUCCUGGCUGGGGAUUUGAUUGUUGCCAGCAGCGAGUUUCCAUGCACUGGAGAUGUGCGUGUGUGGGUGUGAGGGAGAGAUAACAUCAUCAUCAUCAUAACAAAUGCAGUUGUGCAGCUCCAUUCUCUGCUCAUUGGCUUUCUUCUCUUUAUCUAUAAAUAAUUGCGGGGACACAAUAGACUUUUAAGUCUGCC